AUGAGCUUCAGAUUCCUCGCCAGAUCCGCCAGACCUCUCUCGCAGGCUGUCGAGAGCAGAGUACCUUUCUCAUUCAGAGCUGUCCAGCAAGGUCGUGCUGUCGCCGCUUUGAGAAGCUACUCGACUGAGACUGGCGCCAAGGAGAACGGUGCCGCAGCUGAGAAUGCAGACAAGGCUGCCGACGCAACCAAGGAGGACCCUGUUCAGAAGGAGCUCGAGGCCAAGAAGAAGGAGGUCGCCGACGUCACGUGGAAGCGUCAGAUCGCCGAGUACCGCAACUUGCAAGAACAGACCAAGCGCGAGGUCCGCGCAGCCAAGGACUUUGCCCUCCAGAGUUUCUCUAGAGACCUGCUCGACAGCAUCGACAACCUCGACCGCGCUCUUUCCGUUGUCCCUAAGGAGAAGCUCGAUGGAAGCAACAAGGACCUCUUAGACCUCCACUCUGGUCUCAAGAUGACCGAGACUAUCCUCAUGAACACACUCAAGAAGCACGGCCUCGAGAGAUUCGACCCUAGCGCUGAGAGCGACAAGUUCAACCCCAACGAGCACGAGGCCACUUUCCAAACACCUCAGCCAGACAAGGAGGACGGCACCGUCUUCUUCUGCCAGUCCAAGGGCUUCAAGCUCAACGGCAGAGUCAUCAGAGUUGGUGUUGUCAGAAACUCAUGA